AUCAGGGCUUCUGGGAUCCGGCACACUGAUUGGGCCCGGGUCGGGGGCGGGCCCAGGGUAGAGCCAGGUCUCCCUGGCCGCAGUGCCCAGCUGCCUGCGGUGCCCACGGUGGCUCGGAAGGGGGGAGCCACCGUGGAGUCGGGGACAGGUGGAGCAGGACAGUAUUCUGAUGGGUGAGGGGCACCCAGCUCCAAAGCCGGCGCCGGGUGGGCGUCAUUGCGGCCGCUCUGGCCGAGACCAACCCCCGCUAUGCCACCUGCGGGGCUCCGCGAGACCGCACCGCUGGCAGCGAUCGUUCUGUUGGUGCUGGGGGCUCCUUUGGCGCUGGCGGGCGAAGAUUGCCUGUGGUACCUGGACCGGAAUGGCUCCUGGCAUCCGGGGUUUAACUGCGAGUUCUUCACCUUCUGCUGCGGGACCUGCUACCAGCGGUACUGCUGCAGGGACCUGACCCUGCUCAUCACCGAGAGGCAGCAGAAGCACUGCCUGGCCUUCAGUCCUAAGACCAUAGCAGGCAUCGCCUCAGCUGUGAUCCUCUUUGUUGCUGUGGUUGCCACCACCAUCUGCUGCUUCCUCUGUUCCUGUUGCUACCUGUACCGCCGGCGCCAACAGCUCCAGAGUCCAUUUGAAGGCCAGGAGAUUCCAAUGACAGGCAUCCCAGUACAGCCAGUAUACCCAUACCCCCAGGACCCCAAAGCUGGCCCUGCACCCCCACAGCCUGGCUUCAUGUACCCACCUAGUGGCCCUGCUCCACACUACCCACUGUACCCAGCUGGGCCCCCGAUCUACAAUCCUGCAGCUCCUCCUCCCUACAUGCCACCUCAGCCCUCUCACCCAGGAGCCUGAGGAACCAGCCACGUCUCCGCUGCCCCUUCAGUGAUGCCAACCUUGGGAGAUGCCUUCAUUCCUUUACCUGCAUCUGGUCCUGGGGGUGGGCAGGGGCCCUCUAGUCAGCAGGCUCCAGACCAAGUCAAGGCCUGGGCCCUUCUAGGACAGAGCCCAGGGAAGUGGAACAAGAGCCAAGCUGGAACUAGGCCAUGAAUGAGGGGUUGGGAGGAGAGUUUGGGUUGAGGGGCUAUUUUUACUGAGGACAAGGGAGGGAGAUGAUAGCCUGGGUUACAGCCCCUGCUUUCAAAUAGUCCUUCGGCUCCCAGGAUCUCAGCCCAGAAGGCCUGGCCCUCCCAUUUGCCCAUUCUGGGCUGUGGUGGGGGCAGGGAGGAGGCUUCAUCAGCAGCUGGCAGUCGCCCUCCUCUCUGGCUGCCCACUAGCCAGGAUUCUGGCCUGCAGGAUUAAAGUUGUAAAGA